AAUGCGAUGGAGAAUGGCAGUAGAAACCUCACUAGUAUGCGAGAAAUGGCACAAGACAGGUCCCCACCAAUAGUUAGGGAGUAAUGGCGAAGUUUUAUAAAUUUCAGUAUUUCCGGACAAAUGAUGAAACAACUAAACAAAUGAUCAUCAGAACCCUACGGUCCUAGGGCAGCUUCUUUCAGAAUUCAAAAUCAUUUUUAUGAGC